AAAUGAAUAUUGCUCAAUCUGUUUCUCUCCAAAGUUUGAGCGGAGUCAAUAGGGAGUAAACUUUCUAAUUCGCAAACAUUUUUUUGCGUAAAAUAAACGCAAGAGCAUCCAUGUUAUAAUUUUCCAUAAAAAUUUAAAAAUAUAAAGGUAAAUAACCCAAAAAGUUUCUCUACCUGAAAAGAUGGAUCAAAAAGGUGGAAAUAGUGACGAUGAAAGUGCCCCAGCCAAAACAUCUAAACAAAAUAACGUUUUGCCACUCUGGGGCAACGAAAGGACAAUGAAUCUUAACCCCCUCAUUCUGACAAAUAUUCAGAGUUCACACUACUUUAAAGUUAAUCUGUAUGAAUUAAAAACAUACCAUGAAGUAGUGGAUGAAAUCUAUUACAAAGUAAGUCAUCUAGAACCAUGGGAGAAGGGCUCAAGACGUACCUCAGGACAAACUGGUAUGUGUGGUGGUGUAAGAGGAGUAGGUGCCGGAGGAAUAGUAUCUACUGCAUAUUGCCUUUUGUACAAAUUAUUUACCUUGAAGUUAACAAGAAAACAAUUAAAUGGUCUCAUAGGUCAUUGUGAUUCUCCUUACAUUAGAGCUUUGGGUUUUAUGUAUAUACGUUACACUUUCCCUCCUGCCAAUCUUCUGGAAUGGUACGAAGAUUAUUUAGAGGAUGAAGAGGAGCUAGAUGUAAAAGCUGGUGGUGGUCAAAAUAUGACUAUGGGAUUGAUGCUGAGGCAGUGGCUGGUCAAACUGGAUUGGUUUUCAACUUUAUUUCCCAGAAUUCCAGUUCCAAUUCAACAAAAAAUACAGAAACAUUUAGAGGGCCGUUUCCCACCACAUGCCGUCCAAGCAGCUUCAGAACGUGCGAGGGAAGACCGACAAUACGAACGAGACAGGCCUCGUCAGGAUCGACCACCGAGAGAUGACGUCCACCGAAGCUUUUUACGGGACGACGACCGAAGAAUAGAUCGAGAUACCAGAUUCGACAGACGGGACAGAGAUGUAGACCGGCGGGACCGAGAAAGAAAAUAUAGAGACCGAAGUCCAGUGAGGCGAAACUCCAGGAGUCCUCAACGGUCGCAUAAGCAUAGAGAUAGAAGUAGGGAUAGGCGGAAUCGCUAUUAAAUAAUUUAACUGUACCGAAAUAUGAGAAUGUUUGUUUCUUUUUUUAAUAUAACGUGUAAAUUUUCAAAA